UGGGCGGGAGGGCGGGCUGGGGAGAUUGGUCAGUUUCAGGCUCGAGCCGGGAACACUAAAGGGAGCCGGACGAGCGGCGCGGCCUCCGCGUUCCCCGGCCCGGGAGGCGGGGCGGGGCGGGGCUUCGGGCGUCCCCCCUCCCUCUCACAAGUCUGGGUCCCCCACAUGUGUGCAUCCGUGUGUGUCUGGCUUUGCGCGCGCGUGCGGCCGCCGUGUAAUUUGCAGACGCUCCCAGCCCGGGCGGGAGAGAACGUCCUUCAGGGCCGGUGUCAGUGCCCAGCGCAGUGGCCGUCCGAGCCCGGCGCGCACCAUGCCGGACCCCGGGCCAGACGCCCAGCCCGAUUUCUACCGCGACACGUGGGUGCGCUACCUGGGUUAUGCCAAUGAAGUGGGAGAAGCCUUCAGAGCCAUGGUGCCCACUUCUGUGGUGUGGCUGAGCUAUGGGGUGGCCACCUCCUAUGUGGUGGCCGAUGCCGUGGACAAGGGCAAGAAGGCAAGCGCUGCCUGGACAUCAGAGUCAGGCAGGACCACGAAGGUGGCUGUGGCCGUGGUGGACACAUUCAUCUGGCAGGCGCUGGCCUCCGUGGCCAUCCCGGGCUUCACCAUCAACCGUCUGUGCGCCCUUUCCCUCUACGCCCUCAGCAGAACCACCCGCUGGCCCCUCGCUGCCCGCAAGUGGACGACCACCGCCCUGGGGCUGAUGGCCAUCCCCGUCAUCAUCCACCCCAUCGACAGGUCGGUUGAUUUCUUGAUGGACUCCAGCCUACGUAAAAUCUACCCUUCUCAGGAGAAGCCCAGCUCCGCAUGAUGCCCCCCCGCUUGGGCCCAGCUCCACCCGCAUGCCAACGGACACCCCAUCCUCCUGGGGUGCUGCUGCCUGGAAAUCUUCAGAGUGAGGGUCUGCGUCCGUGAAAUCUCAGCGGACCCCAGGGACCAUCUCGUUCAGCCCCCUGAUUGGAUUGAAGAGGAUCCUGAUGUUCAGAGUGGAGGGAGGGAUUUCCCUUGUGUCAAGCCGUAGUUAGUGGGAGAGCCUCCCGGCUCCCUCCCACCACAGACCCAAGCUUGUAGAAAGCAUCGCACCCUCCCUGCCCCCACACCGUGGUUCUUUGUUGUUGUGUUUUUAGCAUUUUGGCCUUUACAAAAUGCUUCCCUCCCAACCACUCGGAGAGGGACUUCGUGCCAGUACUAUUAGCCCCAUUUGAUGGAUGAGAAAAAUGAGGCUCAGAGAGGGAAAAUGAUUGCCCCGUUGCUCAGGGAGAAUUAUGGGAGAGUGCCAUGCCAGGCCGUUAGUGGCCUCUGGGGAAGCGGGGAGGGAGGGAACCCCGACACUGUGACCUGAUCAUGGAGAGCCAGAAAGCAAAGCCCGCCUUCCCCUUCUCUGGCCUGGAGAAGGCCGCCCAGAGGGAGGCCUGCCGAGUGGCCCCAGAGGAUUCUGGGUGCCUGUGACUCGGCCAGGUGCUUAAUAAAGACCAAUCAUGCGCA